UACUUUUUCAGUACCAUGAAGGUCGUAGCGGGAAUCGCGGUUCUAAUCUGCCUUUUUAUAGAGGCUGAAGAAGGAUCGGCUUAUCUACUCGAAUCGGAAUGUGGAACAAAAAAACAAAGCGAUAUGGGUCCCAAAAUUAAAGGAGGUAAAGAUGCAGACCCAUUUUCGAAUCCAUGGAUGGUUCGGUUGAUUGUGGAGAGUCCGAUUUGUGGUGGCUCACUCAUCACCUGUAGUUUUGUUCUGACGGCGGCGCACUGCGUAUUCAACAAUACUAUGCGAGUUCGCUUGGGCGAAUACGACACUAUGAAUCCCGAGAAUUCCUAUGAGAUCGAAGCCGACUUAAAAGUUGUUCACCAAGGUUACAACUAUGAUCCAACCACUUACAAAUAUGACAUAGGAUUGCUUCGGUUAAAAAGCGCGGUGCAGUUUUCAGAUUAUGUCAGACCGAUUUGCCUUGCCGUCCACGAGCCAAUAAGACCCAUUAUACCAUUUAUGAUCGCUGGUUGGGGACAGAGUGAAAGCGGUCAAAGCAGCAAUAUUCUACAGACAGCCUAUGUACAUCUUAUCAGUCAGUCAAUCUGCAGCCAUCACUAUACCAGACACGUUGGUCGAUCCCAAUUAUGUGCUUAUGAUCAGACAAGCGACGCAUGUGCUGGGGAUUCCGGCGGCCCGUUGAGCGCUGAGCUACAGUACAGGUAUAGGAAUCAGACUUUCCAGCUCGGUAUCGUCAGCUAUGGCUCGCAGUACUGUAGCAGCGCAACUGUUUACACAAAUGUAUUGCACUAUAUGGACUGGAUUUUGGGAGUUCUGAAAGAAUAUGGCCAGAGGCCAGCAGUUCAAGAAAUACGUUAUUGUACAAAUGGGACCAAAAUCGAUCCGAACCGGUAAACCUGUUUUCACUAU